UGCCUUAGGCGAAUGAAAGAGAGAGAGAAAGAGAGAGAAAGAGAGAGAGUGAGAGUACUCAGGAAAAUAAAAAGAUUGCGUGAGGUUUGAAACAGUUACUACGUGAGAGAGUAGAGGAGGGAGAGGGAGAGCGAGACAGAGAGAGGCAGGGACAAGGAGGAGAAGAAGAAGAAGAAGCAAUAGAGAAAGAGGGCGGAGAGCAGGAGGACCUGAAGACCGAGCGAGAGAGCAAGAGAGCGAGCGGGUUUUGGCGAGAGUUUUGGCGAGCGAGAGUUUUGCGCCGUGCGAGGCUGAGUAAGGGAGAACGAGAGCGAGAGCGUGGCUUGGGUGGGGCUGGCUACUGUGGCCGUGGCCAGUGCUGGAAUGGAUGCAAUCUUACAGGAGAAGCUCGCCGAGAAACUCCUCUGCCCACGAGCACGGAGCUCCAGACAGAAGGAUAGGCAGUAUGUGGGUUUCGCCACGCUCCCUAACCAAGUCCACAGGAAGUCUGUGAAGAAGGGCUUUGACUUCACACUCAUGGUGGCUGGUGAGUCUGGGCUUGGCAAGUCCACUCUGGUGAACAGCCUGUUUCUCACAGACCUCUACAAGGACAGGAAGCUACUGAACGCAGAGGAACGCAUCAGCCAGACGGUAGAGAUCACCAAACAUACGGUGGACAUUGAAGAGAAGGGUGUGAAGCUCAAGCUCACCAUCGUGGACACACCCGGCUUUGGAGACGCCGUCAACAACAACGAAUGCUGGAAGCCCAUCACAGACUACAUUGAUCAGCAGUUUGAGCAGUACUUCAGAGAUGAGAGCGGGCUCAACAGAAAGAACAUUUUAGACAACCGUGUACACUGCUGUCUAUACUUCAUACCACCAUUUGGACAUGGGCUGAGGCCGAUCGAUGUGGAGUUCAUGAAGGCCCUUCACGAAAAGGUGAACAUCAUUCCUCUUAUCGCCAAGGCUGAUUGCCUCACCCCCAAUGAGAUCAAGAAACUCAAGGACAGGGUACGAGACGAGAUUGAGAAGUUUGGGAUCAAAGUCUACCAGUUCCCGGAGUGCGACUCAGACGAGGAUGAAGAAUUCAAACAGCUGGACAAAGAGCUGAAGGAGUGUACACCGUUUGCAGUGAUCGGCAGUAACACAGUGGUGGAAGCGCGGGGCCAGCGAGUGCGGGGGCGUGUCUACCCCUGGGGCAUCGUAGAAGUGGAGAAUCAGUCCCACUGUGACUUUGUGAAGCUUCGGAGCAUGCUGAUUCGCUCACACAUGCACGACUUAAAGGAUGUGACCUGUGACGUCCACUACGAGAACUACAGAGCACAGUGCAUACAGGAUAUGACGAGUAAACUAACUCAGGAUAACCGUGUGGACAGUCCAAUCCCCAUCCUGCCUGUCCCAACUCCAGAUGCAGAGACGGAAAGACUCAUCAAGAUGAAAGAUGAGGAGCUGAAGCGGAUGCAGGAGAUGCUGGAGAAGAUGCAGCAACAGAUACAUGAGAAAGACCAGUGAAGAUGAUACCACCACCCCCCCUAACAGAUACAUGAGAAAGACCAGUGAAGAUGAUAACACCCCCCCCCCAACACACACACACACACACACACAUACACAUAGAGACAUGCACACACACACACACACACACACAUACAUAGAGACAUGCAUAGACACAUCUAAAAACAGAAAAAUGCUCACAAACAGAUCUUACAGACAGCACACACACACACUCUCUCUCUCUCUCACACACACACACACACACACACACACAUACAUACAAACACUCACCUCUCUAACUUUAAGACCCAACUCUCCAGUGCACUCCGUUCUAGACCCUGGCCUGUAAAUGAUGCUUGUGCCCCAGUGGCCUAUUCUCUCCUGUCCCCCAGCUGGUCAGUUUGCCUGGCGCUUCUAGUCUGCUCCUCUGCCUGGCCAAUACAGCGAUGGAUCAAUGUGCUUUACCUUUCCUACCUUUUUCUGAAUGGACUAAGUAUCUUGCUAUGAAUUAUAGGCUAAUAUAAUGAUGAUAUUAAUGUAUGAGUGACAUCGAAAUGAGUCUAAUUUAUAUUUAUGCUCGCUAUUGUUGUUUAUUUUUUACAUUCGGAGUCAUAUCUUGAAUACGCUUAUGGUACAUUGUUUUGUAAAGCGGUCUGUUUUUAGCUGGGCUGUUUUGGGGUUGAUUGCCCUUCAUGUACAACUGUAAGUGUGUGUGAAUGUGUGUGUGUGUGUGUGUGUGUGUGUGUGUGUGUGUGUGUGUGUGUGUGUGUGUGCGCGUGCGUGUCUGUGUGUGUGUGUGUGUGUGUGUGUUUGUGUGUCUUUGUAUUGAUGACUUGAGUCAUAGCUUUUUACAGUGCUAGCACUAAGUGAAUGUAAAAGUAAAGUUCCAGGUUAAAUUAACUAUUAAAGUACUUGAUUCAGA